AUGAAUUUCGAUUUUAUCUUUGUAAUGGGAGCAUUGUUCUUGGUCCAAAAGAUCGAUUUCAAGGAGAACCCACAAUAUGUCAACUACGCUAUCAUCGCAUUCUGCUCGGUUCAGUUCAUCUGUGUCUGUGCAUACGCUAUGAUAUUCAAGAAGAUCACAUCCAGACCAAAGACUACCGUUCUCUUUGAUAUCAAAACACCAGCUUCGUUCGGUCAAGAAGAGAAGACUGAAAGAAUGACAGUUGAGGACUAUGAUUUCCAACAGAUUAAAAAGGUUAUCGGUAAUGUACUCGUCGGUAUUUGCAUUCCAUUGUUUUUGUUGUACAAGUGGAACAUUGUACCACCCUUAGCAAUCAACUGCGUCAUGGCUUUGCAGAAUCUCUACAAGAACAAAUUGUUCAAGAUCUACAUCUUGGGUGAAGGUGACAAUAAAUAUCCAAGACCAUUCGCUGAUGAAAGUCCAUUUGCCAGUUUAAUGGGAGGAUUUCAACCACCAGCCGAACCAGAGGCAACCAGCGACAAUAAUGGAAAUAUUAGAAUUCCAGCAACACCAAGCAACAAUAACAAUACCACCGAAAAUAAGGCAGCCAAGAAGCAACCAAAGAAAAAGAUUGUUACAGUUGACAGUGACGACGAAGAUGCUGUAUCCGAUGAUGAUACCGAAUCUAGAAAAUCACCAACAUUGCGUAGAAAGAAGGUUGAUUAA